CAGCAAUUACAAUAUCUUUCAAGUGAAAAUAUGUACAGGAGCAACAGUAUUACUGAACUUUCUCACCUAACCAGCAGUGGAAACACCACCACCAGCAGUAGCAGCAGCAACAAUAACAACAACAACAACUCACGUUACUCAACAGACUUUUUCUUAAACAACCCAUCUUUAUUGUCAUCAAACUUCCAAUUCAAUGAACAUUAUACACCAUCACCUACUUAUUAUCAACGUCGCUGGAACGAACCUUUGGUGACAACUACUGUCUGGCAGGAUGAAAAUACUUUAUGUUAUCAAGUUGAAGUAAAUGGUGUGUCGGUAGUAAGAAGAGCAGAUAAUGACAUGAUUAAUGGUACUAAAUUAUUGAAUGUUACUAAAAUGACUCGUGGUAGAAGAGACGGUAUACUAAAGGCUGAAAAGAUAAGACAUGUAGUGAAAGUGGGUUCAAUGAAUUUGAAAGGUGUCUGGAUCCCAUUCGAAAGAGCAUUGUUAAUGGCCAAAAAGGAAAAGAUUAUCGAUAAAUUAUACCCUCUUUUCGUCAAGGAUAUUCAAAGUACUUUAAAUCAACAUCCAGUAACCUAUUUUAACCCAAACGUUAACCAAUAUUACUUCACCAACCAAAAUUAA